AUGAAGAAGUUCUAUUUGCUGUCUCUUCCUAGUCGAAGGAUAUGCAGGAUCAGUAUGCCUACUGGUAUAAUCUUAGAACAAAGGCUUCCAUCUCCCCAAAAUCGCAACAUGACAGGUUAUUACUCAACGAAAAGUACAAAUAUAAAACCUGAAGAAAAUAUUACCACCAAAAUCUCUCCUUCUACCCCUUUAGAAACGCCUUGGUACCUCAGGAUUGUAAAUGAACAAAAGGAAUUAAUGGAAAGUGGGAAAAAGGCAGGAAGUACGACCGACGAGACGGUUGAAUUACCAGAAGCCUCCCCAAAUUCGUUGAAACAGAUAGCGUAUUUCUUGAUCGGUAAACUGGGUUUGACUGAUUUUUCGGUUUUUGAUUUACGGAACAAUGACCCAAAUUCUGUGUCAGCUGUUAAUAAGUUGGGUGAUUUCAUGAUUAUAUGCACUGCAAGAUCUACCAAACAUUGCCAUAAUAGUUUCUUAGAAUUGAACAAGCUUUUGAAGCGGAAAUUCUCUAGUGUUGCGUACGUUGAAGGAAACUUCAAUGAGCGACAAGAAAGUAGAAGAAAAAAAAGGCUGGCAAGGAAAUCCAAUCUUAGUAAGUUGUCGGGUAGAAGUUCUGACGGCUCCCCAAGAGGUAUAAAUACUGAAGCGUGGUAUAUGAUUGAUUGCCAUGUUGAUGGAAUAUUUGUGAAUAUUUUGACGCAGAAAAGGCGUAAUGAACUAAACUUGGAAGAGUUAUAUGCACCUGAGGACGAGAAGUUCAAAUUUCGGAAAUCAGAGCUGAACAAUGGUUUUACUAAUUCGAGGAUAGAUGACAUCUCGGCCGACAAUAAUAUUCUUCUAGGCUUGCGGAGACUAGCCCAACAAAGAAGAGGGUACUCCACUAAUACUUCGAGCGAAUUGAAUUACUUACGACGAUCCCUGCAGAAGCAGGAUUUUGAAGAGGCUAGUAGGAUAAUUCAUAAUAAUCCAUUGAAUGAAGAGCACAAUAUACACAGUCUACAGUUAAUCAAGGAUACUUUGGAAGGUAUCAUAGGGCAAGAAAAGGAUGUAGAUGUUGCUCAAUGGAAAUUUUUCUUUGACAAACAUUCAGGUUUGCGAACUGUGAAGCAGUCGGCCAUGUAUUGGCCAUUACGGCUAAAAUUUGCCAUACUUCUGAACAAAGCAAAUUCACAGCUUUAUUCUGACCGCGUAUUUUUAAGAGACUACCUACUUCUGAAAAAAUCAUUAGGGCAGGAACUAACUAGAGAAGAUCUCAUUUCCCUUUUAAAAAUUGUUUUGAAAACAGAGCACUCUAGUCAUUCAUAUUUCAAUCUUGUAAAGCGAAACAGAGUAGUGGUCAGAGCUUUGACCUUAUUCAAAGGUCUUCAAUCAGAGAUUGACGGUUCGAUUGUUUACGAUGAACAAGUAAUAUCGCUUCUUUUAGAUACCAUGAUAACGGAUGAACGAGUGAAAUUAAGAUCUCUAUACGAGGUAAUAGAUCAUAUUUGUCAAACUUUUGGAGAUAAAUUAACUUCAAGCAUGGUUAUCUCAAUACUACAGAGCCUAGCUAAAAUCAAGGACUGGAUCAAGCUAGUUCAAGUUUGGGAAACUAUAGCACCAGUAGCUGAGGAGAAUCGGGAUACAAGACCAUGGAACGAAUUCAUAAAUAUUAUUAAUCAAAGUGGCGAUAGUCACGUUAUAUCCAAAAUCCUAAAUGAUGGUCAUUUACUUUGGAUAAAGCGACUCAAUGUUGAAUUGACACCGGAAUUACGCAACUCUAUUAGGGACUUAUUGAGGACCGCUGGAAUGGAGAAUUCUUCAUUAGAAGAGUUCUUAAUCCAUGAAGCAAAUCAUCAAUAG